CCUUCGAUCGCCAGCCGCGUCCCACUCUGGGCCGCCCAGCGCGCCCGCGGCGAUGGGGGCGCUGCUUGCGCUCUGCCUCCUCCUGGGCUGGCUGCGCGGGGGCCCGGCGGGCGCGCAGCAAUCCGGAGAGUACUGCCACGGCUGGGUGGACGUGCAGGGAAACUAUCACGAGGGCUUCCAGUGCCCGGAGGACUUCGACACGCUGGACGCCACCAUCUGCUGCGGCUCCUGCGCGCUGCGCUACUGCUGCGCCGCAGCCGACGCCAGACUGGAGCAGGGCGGCUGCACCAACGACCGCGGCGAGCUGGAGCACCCGGGCAUCACGGCGCAGCCGGUCUACGUCCCCUUCCUGAUUGUCGGCUCCAUCUUCAUUGCCUUCAUCAUCCUGGGCUCUUUGGUGGCUAUUUAUUGCUGCACCUGCUUGAGACCCAAGGAGCCCUCACAGCAGCCAAUCCGCUUCUCGCUCCGCAGCUAUCAGACAGAGACCCUGCCCAUGAUCUUGACCUCCACGAGCCUCAGGGCACCUUCCAGGCAGUCCAGCACGGCCACCAGCUCCAGCUCCACAGGAGGCUCCAUCCGAAGGUUCUCCUUUGCCAGGGCGGAGCCAGGCUGCCUGGUGCCCUCACCGCCCCCGCCUUACACCACAGGCCACCCCAUCCACCUGACCCAGCCAUCGGGUUUCCUGGUGUCGCCCCAGUACUUCGCUUACCCGCUCCAGCAGGAGCCCCCGCUGACUGGGAAGAGCUGUCCAGACUUCAGUUCCAGUUGACAGGCCACCGCUACAGAUCUGCCACCUGGUACAAUGACAGACCAGUGGGGCACUGCUGCCAUUGCCACCAGGAUUUCUGAGGAAAUUUCCCUUGAACCCAGCAACAUCCUGGAGGAAAGAACAAGGAAAACAUAGCACUUCUUGUCUUAAGAUUCCUGUGUUCAGUCACAGAAUGACUGUGUUAGAUAAUUGCUUUCUGGCUUUGAAAACAAGAUGAUUAUUACAUUUCAAUUUAUGCAACUUUUAUUCAGAAUAUGCAGCAGUCGACUUUAAAGUUACAAAUUGGCUGAAGAUGUUUUAUUGGACAACUCAGCUAUACUGCUUAGAAAAGGUCUACGUGUUUUUUCAUUAUAAGUUGUUUAGUGAGCGAUAAUACAAAUACAUACAUAAAUAAGCAAAGAAAAAUGCCUGAUUGUAAUGAUUGAAGGUUCACUAAAAAAAUUAACUACUAAGUAAACUGUGGGGACAGUGAACAAGCAAUUUAUGAUUUGGAAAGCAACAUAACCAUGAAUAAUAUUAGCAUCAUGAGAACAAUUACUUUUUAAAUUAAUAACUAAAUUUUGUUUAAGAUAUAAAAGCCUUUUCAGAAUACAAGAUUUAAAUAACCACAUGAGGAGUUUAACACAAAAUAUUUACCCAGAUAUUCAUUAUAACAGAGAUCUUAUGUAAAAGCAUUUCUCCCACCCACCCAAGGGAAUAUUUAUUGCAGACUUUUUUGUUCAGCAACAUUUAGUGUUUAAAUGAAAGUUGGACAGUCAGGUCUUAAAACAUUUACUUGUAAAAUGAGUUAUGUACAAAUGUAAAGAAUUGUAAUUUAAUGUAUUUACCACAUUGACGGUACUAAUUAUUUAGUAGUCACACUGUAAUUUUUUAUGUUAAUAAUAACUGUGGAGUUCAAAGUCCAGCUUUGGCUAUAAUCAUCUAAUAUUAUGUAGCUUGAAUGCCACUGAAUGCCAUGUCUGAUGACUAAAUAUUUGGGCACAUAUUUCCUGCUGGGUUAGAAUAAAUAAAAUACUUUAUGUUUUCGUGAAAUCUCUUUGAAAUUUUAGAUCAAAGUGCUUCAUUUUAUCUCCUUAAUGAUACCCUUUGCUACUCAAUAAAAGGAAAUGUCUUUACUUAA